UUAAAUUACGAAUUUCGUAUCUAUAUAUUUAUAGGUUUUAACCUACAAAACAAGAAAAAUUAUAAAUUUAAGAAAAAACUACAACAAUUUGAAAUUACAACAAGAAAUAAUUUCUCAAAAAAUCAUUAUAAUUUAUUAAAGAAGAAUGUCAAUGUUAUUACGACUUGUUCGUUCUCAUAGAAUUAAGAAUGGAUUGAUGUUUUUAAAACCAAAAGAGAUUAAAAUAUGUAAUAGAAUAUAUCGUAGUGAUUUACCAACUCAAAAAACUGAAAAAGAAGAUUUAUAUGAAGUAAAAGAUGCAUGGGUUAGUUAUGGAUUUGACACUGAAAAUAAGAAAGUUGAUCGUCAAGCCAUGCAUAUAACAUUUUUUACUUGUAUCUCUGUAGUCUUAAUAUUUGGAGCUGUUAUAAUUGGUUAUGCACCAGAUCCACUUCUGAAAGAUUGGGCUCAACGUGAAGCAUAUCUACAACUUCGUUAUAGAGAAGAAAAUGGUUUGCCAUUAAUUGAUCCAAAUUUAAUAGAUCCAUCAAAAUUUAUUCUUCCAAGUGAAGAGGAAAUAGUUGAUGUUGAAAUAAUUAUUUAAACAUUUUCAAAAUAUUCGGUAUGGAAAAAAUUAGUAUUUUUAAAUUAGUUAUUAAAAUCUUUAUUAUUCUAUAUAUUUAUAUAUUAUAUAUUAUACUAUAGUAUU